CCGACCACCACCAUGCUGCUCUCCGCUCUGUCCAUCGGCCUCGGUCUUGUGGCCUCCGUCAGUCAAGUCGCCGGUGCCCGCCAGAGCCAGAGCGUCUUCCAACCUCCGGCUAUUCCAAACCCGCACGUGUCGUAUGACGACGGCCUUUUCGCGCCGCUUGAGCACCUCAGCGUGCUCCAGAGCGAGACGUACAGCACGCUUGCGCAUCCCGCGUUCCCGAACCACAGCGUGCGGAUCAAGAAGUCGGAUUUCUGCGAUGCGGGGGUAAACGCGUACUCGGGGUACAUCGACAUCGAAGCAAGACAUCUCUUCUUCUACUUCUUCGAGAGCCGGAACGAUCCCUCGGCGGACGAUGUUAUCCUUUGGACCAACGGUGGCCCUGGAUGCUCCUCCAGCCUCGGGCUCUUUAUGGAGCUCGGGCCAUGCAGAGUGACGACCGCAGACGGACCGACGUACAACCCAUACGCAUGGAACGAGAACGCAAAUGUCUUCUUCAUCGACCAGCCCGUCGGUGUCGGAUUCUCGUAUGCGGAUUACGGGGAGAGUGUUAGCACAACUGAGGAGGCAGCCAAGGACAUCGCUGCAUUCGUCUCGAUCUUCUUUGAGAACUUUAGCCAGUUCAGAGGACGCGCCUUCCAUAUGUCGGGCGAGUCUUAUGGCGGACGGUACAUCCCCGCUUUCGCGUCGGAGGUGUAUGACCAGAACGCGCGGCUUGAGGCGGCGGGCAUCACGCCCAUCAACUUGCAGUCGGUCAUGAUCGGAAACGGAAUGACGGACUACGUCUCCAUGGGCUCUGCAUAUGUCGAUAUGGCGUGUACAAAUGCGUCCGUUCCUCCGGUUGCGAGUAUAAGUUCGUGUAUCGCUGCCAAGCAGGCGAUCCCUCGGUGUCUGCGCUGGACCAAGGAGUCGUGUCUCGACACCUUUGACGCUAUCAGCUGCGGCGCCGCGCGGACCUUCUGCGAGUCUUAUCUCGAGACGCCGUUCUGGGAGACAGGUCUAAACCCGUACGAUAUCAGCAAGCCAUGCGAAGGCGACAUUGCUGAUACGCUCUGCUACCCUGAGACCAAGUACAUCACCAACUUCCUCGACCGCCCCACCGUCCGCACCGCGCUCGGCGUAGACCCCUCCCUCUCUGCAAAGAACUUCUCCUCGUGCUCUGACGACGUCGGCUCCGCAUUCAACCAGAACCUCGACGAGUUCCACCCGAUGACGGAGCACGUCGCGCAGCUGCUCGAGCGUGGCGUGCGCGCCCUGAUCUACGUGGGGGACUACGACUGGAUCUGCAACUGGCUCGGCAACGAGCGGUGGACGCUUGAUAUGGCGUGGACGGGGCACGAGGAGUUUAGUGGGCAGGGAUUGAGAGAGUGGUUUGUGGAUGGCGAGAUGGCGGGGAAGACGAGGGCUGCGAAGGGGCUGACGUUUGCGACUGUGCAUGCUGCUGGGCAUAUGGUGCCGUAUGAUAAGCCUCAGCAGGCGUUGGCCUUGGUGCAGAGGUGGCUGGCUAAAGAGGAACUGUGAUCCGACUAGUGCUUCCCGAUCCUUUAUGUGGCAUUGAGUAUGAGCGGCUGUAUGAACGAAGAACAGAGCAUUGAUCCCCUUGAAAUGACAAACACAGGGCAAUGAGAUAUUGCU